AUGCAAUUUGCAAUACUCUAUUUUCGACGACCUAAAGGUGUUUCAUCUGGUAUUAUCAAUAAUAUAAAUUUCAGUUCAAAUAGUGCGCAGCGAAAAAGAAAGAAAUGGACAUGGAAAGAAAUCGCUGAAAAAGUAAAACAUACAAAUAAACCAAUUAGUCAUUCACUUCUUCGAUUAGAUAACAACGAAGCGGAUAAAUUAGCUCAAGAUGCUUUUAUGUGUAUUAUGCGUUAUAUGGGUGAUGAAAAUUUGAAACGUGGUCAAACUCUUACUGAUUGCAUUUAUGAACUUUUAAUGAUAUGUCAUCAAUAUCAGCCACUUCGGGAUGAAGUGUAUUGUCAAAUCAUUCGUCAAACAACAAAUAAUAAAAGUUCCAGAGCAAGCACUUCAAUUCGUGGUUGGCGUCUAUUUUCUAUAUUAACCGCAUAUUUUGAUUGUUCGCCGGUGCUAAGGCCAUAUUUAUUCAAAUAUCUAGCUGAUAUGGCAAGUGAUCCACGAAGAGCUUAUCAUGGUACUGCAUUUAUUUGUUUACAAAAUUUGGUAAAAACAUUCAAAUAUGGUGGUCGUCAAUUUUUACUUAGUGGAAGUGAAAUUGAAGCAAUAACGAUGGGUAAAACUUUAAAACGACAAUUAUAUCAUUUACCUGGUGGACAUCGAAAGGUAAUUAAUACUCGUUCUGUAACAGUUGUAGAGGAGAUUAUCCAACAACUUUGUCAAGAACUUAAUAUACGAAGUGCGGCAGAACAACAAGAAUUUUGUUUAUGCUAUAUUUUGGAAUCAGAAGAUAAAAUUAAAAUGUUAGCUAACGAUGAAUAUGUAAUGGAUGUAUGUACUGAACUUGAGCAUAAUCAAAAACAAUACUUCUUAUUACUUAAACGAACAGUAUGGAUACAUCCAUUACGAUUGGAUAAUGCUCGAUAUAUCGAUGCAAUGUUUUUCCAGAUUGUGCCAGAUUAUAUUGAGGGUUUAAUUAUUGCACCAAAGAAUGGUAAAAUUAGCGCCGAUAUUUUGGAUGAUAUUGCACGUUUGGGCGCAUAUUUACACUUAACGGAUACGGAACGAUCCGAACGUGUUACAGCAAAAAAUGUUGCUGAAUUAAUUCCAAAAACAGUCUAUCCAAUUCGAACAAUUGAUCAAUGGGUUGAACGAAUCAAUGCAAAAUUGCAAACAAUGAAACAACAUAAUAUAAAUCAAAUUGAUGCACGAGCAAAUUUUUUAGAAAUACUUGAAAAAUGGCCUUAUUUUGGGACAACAUUUUUUGUUGUGCAUAAUAUUGUUGAUGAAAAUAAACAAACAGGCGAAUGUUUACUUGCAAUUAAUAAAUAUGGUAUUAAUGUGAUUAAUAUUAAAAAUCGUGAAGAAAUAUUAAAAAUUGCAUUAACUGAGAUUAUAUCAACAAAUCGUUAUUCAACAGAGCAUGGAAUAUUUUUGGAUAUUAAAAUUGGUAAUCAAUAUAGGAAUAAAAAUAUAACUAUACAUACUGAACAGGGUAUUGAAAUUUCACGUCUUUUGGGACAAUACAUUUAUGUGGACAGUGAAAAUCGUGCAUUUAUCACAGGUAUCGAGCAAACGAAAUUGACUUGUGACUAA